AAGAGUGAGAAGUUUCUAGAAAUAUCUAUAGAGGACACCACUCUCAUUUGAGUUUUCCUGUUGAAGCUGAAUCGUUCAUGUUUAUUAUUUCAUCUUAUUGUUUAUUGAAUUAAUUGCUAUUGUUUUUUGCUCGUUUCUUAAAUCGCUGUCCACUAUUUCCUAGUAUUGACCAUUCAAUACAGUCUUGAAAUCUUGCUUGUGUCUCCCUUACUUUUAAUGUAGAUUUAUCAGACUUGGAAGAAAUGAUGUUUAUGCCAAAUUCAGACAGACAAAUUAAUUUAUCAUCAAGUGAUUAUAGAUCACCAGCCAGUAUAAUCAAUUCUCUUGGAUACAGUCCUAAUUAUAAUCUCAAUUUCAAUCCUCUCGGAGCUGGUGUUUCUACUGGUUCACCCAAUAUAAAUACUGUAAAUAACAUGAUGGACAACUUUAAUAACUUCUGGUCCCACACUGUGCCUACCAAUAUGCCCUGGGCUCAAUCACAAAUCCAACCAAACCCUGCCAAUUUGAAUCCUUUAUCACCUCAACCUUUUGUGAUGAGAUUCACAGCCGGACCAUCUGUUUUCAAUGAAAUUUGCGCUCCUGAUCCUUGCACUUCACAAACAGCGACAGAAUGGGAGCUUUUAAAUAAGCUUUCAUCAGGAACCGGAACUUGUACUUCUAAUCUUCAUUUAAAACGUCGUAACAGUUCCGAUGAUGACGAUGAAAUUAUUGGACAACCGCCUACUAAGCAAUAUAUUAGUGAGGAUAAAGUUACAGCUAAGUUUAAUCAAAUGAGUAUCAGUAAUUCUGAACCAGUAAGUCCAAGCUCUCCAACUAAGGUAGAGGAAGACGAUGAAUUGGAAACUGAUUAUGAAGUCUCCAACAAGUCUACCAUUGUACUUUCUGAUGAGAUUAAAGAAGCGCUUUCUGCUCGUAAUGACCGUAUUGAAAGACUUUUCCAAGACGAAUUAAACAAAGCCACCAAAUCUGUCGUACUUUGGCAACCCCCUAUUGGACUGCUUCCCCCUCCACUAAAUGUAUAUAAAAAAGAUGAGGAGGAAGAGAAAGAAAAGACGGAUAAAAUCAUCACACCAAAACAAAAUUAUGAACCACUGGAAGUCGAUGUCGAUGUGGUAGAUGCCUGUAUUAUGGAUUCAAAUGAAAUGAUGGACUUGUGAAAGAAGAAUUGUCUUCCUAUUUGACGUUUUUUAUUUGCGAUUUUCGUUGAUCUUUUCAUUAUAAUCAAUUUAUAUGUAUACAAUCAAUCACCUGUCUGUUCAUUUUUACGCUAACUAGCCUCUUUCAGCAUAUUUGUUCUUUGCACAUAAAUCAACCACUUCUGGAAUGUGUAUACAAUUAUAAAUAUAACAUUAAUUGAACUAAA